CCUGGGCUGGGCCUACCCGCCCCGCCUCCCUCUCCUCCUCCUCCUCUGCCUCCUCCCCGCUCAGUCCGCGGCGCUCCGGAGCCCCCGCCCCUUCCCCCAACAGUAGGGGCGGGGGCCGCGGGCGCUCCCUUCGCCGCCCUGGCAGCCUGAGGGCUAGUGUGGGGUCGGGCUCAGCCAACUCUGGCCUUCUCCUGUGAGAGCCCAGCCGGAACCCCUGCCACCACCCCCUUUCCCUUGCGAAGGCGACUGUUCCCCUUUGCGCUAGCCCUCUCAGACCAGCGCGUGGAUUCCCAGCGGACAGGGAAUGCGAACCGGAGGGCGCGCUGGGGUCUGAUGGCGACCCCGGGGUGUAUAGUUCUUAAAGGAAUCAUCAGGCCUGCCCCCCGCCUUCCCCCGUCACUUCUUUAGUGUCGGAGUGGAGGAACUGGGGACAUCGUGGAGAGAGGUUUAACAUCCUGAAACUUCCCUGCUGAACUUUUUUCCCCAAGGUAGAAUUUUGAAGGCUGCGCCAUUCCUGUCCCUCCGGGAACCCAGGACCUCAGAGGGCUGACUCGCCUCCGAUUUGGCCUUGGCUUGUGUGGGAACAGUUUUUAUCAGAGAGAAUGCUCUAUUUGCAAGUUAGAAGUCUCCAGCCACACCAGGAAAGCUCCAAGGGAAGAUUCUGGUGUCUCACUUCUCCUUCGUUAGACAGUGAAGUUGUGUAAAAUGGUAGCUCUGAUAGGUGUCUUCUCCAGGCAGGUGGCCAAAUUCUGUGAAAUUGGUUUUGUUAGUCAAUUGAAUUGGAUUAUUGAGGCACUCCCCCCUCCCCCCAACCUAAGUUACAAACGCUGCUGAGGAUGUGUUGUUCUGGGGUUUAACUCAGUGGUUGAACUACUUUACCUUUAUUCAUACUUGUUGAAGCAUUCUUUUAAAUUCCUGAAGAUAUUGAAGCGAUGUUUUGAACUUCAGGAUUUUGUUUGUUUUCCGCUACAUCCAUCCUGCUGCAGCAUACAUCUCUGCUAGGGGCAUGUUUGCGUUUGUGUUUAUAGAACAAGACUAGGAUUUUAUAUAGCAUUCCAUUCUGAGUACUGUAUAAUAUUCUAAACAAUUCCUUUCACUUUCCCUGCUGAAAUGUUUAGUGACUACUUCCCUCUUCACAGAUAAAGGUAACAGAUGCAAAAAGUAGACCCAUGUUUAUCUAUUAUUCAGUAAGUUGUUGGAACAUAGAGGGUGACCUCCUAAGUCCUGUACUCUUAUUCUUGAGUGUCCCAGUCUUUGGUGUUUUGAAAGCAUGUCACAACCCUACCUUCAGCUUCCAGGGAAAGCUCCCUUAUGGAACCUUUUCCUUUUCAUAUUCCAUCAUCAUAGUAGCAGUUAGUCUCAGUAUUCUAAUGACGAUAGCCUGAGCAGUAUUUCCUUGGAAUGACUCUGCUGGCUGCUGUUAAAAAGUUGGGGAGCAUGAGUGGAGUCGAAGAAUGUGAAAGGAACUGCUUCCUGUUUGCUUCAACAAGAGAAAACAUGAAGGAAUUAAAAGAACCCAGGCAGCGUAAAGAUAACAGGCGCCCAGAUCUGGAAAUCUAUAAACCUGGUCUUUCCCGACUAAGGAACAAACCUAAAAUCAGGGAACCCUCUGGGAUUGAGGAAUUUAAGGAUGAAAUUGUCAAUGACAGAGAUUCCUCUGCUGUCAGAAAGGGUACACAGAACAUUAAAGAUGUCUGCAAGGAACUGGACAACCAACAGCAAAAUGGUCCUAUAGAUCCAGAAGAUAUUCGGGGGCAGGAGUCCUUUCCUAGAACUGCUGGACAAGAAGAUCGAAGUCUAAGAAUUAUCAAAAGAACAAAGAAACCUGACCUGCAGAUCUAUCAGCCUGGACGGCGUUUGCAGACUGUUACCAAAGAAUUGGCCGGCCACGUAGACGAGGAAGAAAUCCUCAACCAGGUAGAACAACUGAGAGUAGAGGAAGGUGACUGUAGGAGAAAUGUUAUGAAAGAGGAGGUUAUGAAUAAAACAGACAGAGAUGAGGUGGAAAAGAGCCUUCAUAGGGACAGAGUUAGGGCUACAAAGGGAGAAAAAGGAAAGAGAAUUGAAAGGGGGGAGGGGACAAAGAAAGUGAACGAUGACAUGGCACAGGGGAAGCUAGGUUCUGCAAAGCGCUACUCCCGCUCAGACAAGCGAAGGAAUCGCUAUCGCACUUGCAGCACCAGCUCAGCUGGUAGCAACAACAGUGCUGAGGGAGCUAGUCUAACUGACAAUGGAUGUCGACGCCGGCGACAAGAUCGGACCAAAGAGAGGCCACGACUGAAGAAGCAAGUAUCUAUGUCCUCAACUGACUCAUUGGAUGAGGACAGACUUGAUGAGUCUGAUGGAUUAGGGCCCACGAGGAGCUCAGAAAGGAAGAGACAUUUAGAAAGAAGCUGGUCUGGCCGUGGGGAGGGUGAGCAGAAAAGCAACGGUAAGGAGAAUCGAGGCACUCUUCGUGUCACCUUUGAUGCAGAAGCCAUGAACAAGGAUUCCCCUAUGGUGAGGUCAGCUAGGGAGGAUGUGGAUAGGAUAAAGCCUGACAGGAGUUUGAGCUGUGGGGGCAGAGCCUCUGAGAAGCAGGAGUCCAAAAACCUCAAACAAGGACUUCGGGGUCGGGGUCGUGGCAUUCUCAUCUUGCCUGCCCAUACCACCCUAUCUGUCAAUUCAGCAGGUUCUCCAGAGUCCACACCUUUGCAACCUCGGCUUUUAUUCGGAACUGGUAGUAAGGGAUCUCGGAGUUGGGGCCGUGGAGGCACCACCCGCCGAUUGUGGGACCCAAACAAUCCUGAUCAGAAACCUGCUCUAAAGAGCCAGACACCCCAGCUACACUUUUUGGACACUGAUGAUGAAGUCAGCCCUACAUCUUGGAGUGACUCCCGCCAGGCCCAAGCAUCUUACUAUAAGUUUCAAAACUCUGACAACCCCUAUUACUACCCUCGGACACCAGGCCCUGCCUCCCAGUACCCCUAUACAGGCUAUAGCCCUCUACAGUACCCAGUGGGCCCUGCGAAUGGUGUAUACCCAGGGCCUUACUAUCCAGGCUACCCCACUCCAUCAGGACAGUAUGUUUGUAGCUCACUCCCUGCCAGCACCAUGAGUCCUGAGGAGAUGGAGCAGCACAUGAGGAACAUGCAACAACAGGAGCUACAUAGGCUUCUUCGAGUGGCUGACAACCAGGAACUGCAGCUCAGCAAUCUGCUCUCCAGGGACCGCAUCAGUCCUGAGGGCCUGGAGAAGAUGGCUCAGCUCAGAGCUGAACUACUGCAGCUGUAUGAACGCUGUAUUCUCUUAGAUAUUGAGUUCUCAGAUAAUCAGAAUGUGGAUCAGAUCCUGUGGAAGAGUGCUUUCUAUCAGGUGAUAGAAAAGUUCCGGCAGCUUCUCAAGGAUCCAAAUGUUGACAAUCCUGAACAGAUUCGGAACAGACUUUUGGAACUCUUGGAUGAGGGUAGUGACUUCUUUGAUAGCUUGCUUCAGAAGCUGCAGGUUACCUACAAGUUCAAGCUGGAGGACUACAUGGACGGUCUUGCCAUUCGCAGCAAGCCAUUACACAAGACAGUAAAAUAUGCCUUGAUCAGUGCCCAGCGAUGUAUGAUUUGUCAAGGAGAUAUUGCUAGGUAUCGGGAGCAAGCCAAUGACACAGCAAACUAUGGGAAAGCACGCAGUUGGUACCUGAAGGCCCAGCACAUUGCUCCCAAAAACGGGCGCCCGUAUAACCAGUUGGCUCUGCUGGCAGUGUAUACGAGAAGGAAGCUCGAUGCUGUAUAUUACUAUAUGCGCAGUUUAGCUGCCAGCAACCCCAUCCUGACUGCCAAGGAGAGCCUGAUGAGCUUGUUCGAAGAGACGAAACGAAAGGCAGAACAGAUGGAAAAGAAGCAACAUGAGGAAUUGGAACUGAAUUCUGACCAAUGGAGGAAAGGAAAGAAGUCUGCUUUCCCGCAUGUUGGAGAUGACACCACCCGCCUGGAAAUCUGGAUUCAUCCAUCCCAUCCCCGGUCCUCCCAAGGCACUGAAUCUGGGAAGGAUUCCGAGCAAGAAAAUGGGCUGGGCAAUCUGAGCCCCAGUGAUCUGAACAAAAGGUUCAUCCUCAGUUUUCUCCAUGCCCAUGGGAAGCUGUUUACCCGGAUUGGGAUGGAGACCUUCCCGGUAGUGACUGAGAAGGUCCUCAAGGAGUUCCAGGUGUUGCUGCAGCAUAGCCCCUCUCCUCUUGGAAGUACCCGCAUGCUGCAGCUGAUGACCAUCAACAUGUUUGCUGUGCACAACUCCCAGUUGAAAGGUAUUUGGCCACAGGAAUACCAGAAGCUGUGGUCACCUGCCCAGCUAAGAGCAUGUGGGAAGGGGCAGAACCAGAUUCAGACCUCAGGUGACAUUCUUGACUGCUUCUCAGAGGAGUGCCGCUCUGUGAUCCAGGAGCAGGCUGCAGCCCUGGGCUUGGCCAUGUUUUCUCUACUGGUGCAGCGCUGCACCUGCUUACUUAAGGAGUCUGCCAAAGCUCAGCUGUCCUCUCCAGAGGACAGGGAUGACCAAGAUGACAUCAAGGUGUCUUCCUUUGUCCCGGACCUGAAGGAGCUGCUCCCCAGUGUGAAAGUCUGGUCAGACUGGAUGCUUGGCUACCAAGACACCUGGAAUCCUCCACCCACAUCCCUGGAUCUGCCCUCACAGGCUGCUGUGGAUGUGUGGUCGACUUUGGCUGAUUUCUGUAACAUAUUGACUGCCGUGAAUCAGUCUGAGGUGCCACUAUACAAGGACCCGGACGAUGACCUCACCCUUCUUAUCCUGGAAGAGGAUCGACUUCUCUCGGGCUUUGUCCCCUUGCUGGCUGCCCCUCAGGACCCCUGCUACGUGGAGAAAACCUCGGAUAAGGACAGGAACCAUUCCCGAAGACUACUCAUCAGACAUGGAAGGGACUGGACAAUGGGCUGGAGAGAGAUGCUGAUGAAGAGUGAGCUACUUGUAUCAGGCUAAACAUUCACAUUUCACUCAACUGUUCUUCAGAAGACUUGGACUCUAGACCAAAACCCAUUGCUGCUGAGUUGCUUCUGACUCAUCGAAACCCUAUAGGACAGAGUAGAACUGCCCCAUAGGGUUUCCAAGGCUGUAAUCUACAUACAAACAGACUGCCACAUCUUUCUCCCAUGGAGUGGCUGGUGGGUUCGAACAGCCGACUUUUUGGUUAACAGCCAAGUGCUUAACCACUGUACCACCAGGGCUCUUGGAUUCUAGACCAGCACUAACAAAUAGAACUUACUGUGAUUAUGGAAAUGAUCUGUUUCUGCACCAUCCAGUACGGUAGCCACUAGCCACAGGUGACUGUUGAGCACUUGAGAUGUGGCUAAAGCAACUGAGAAACAGAAAUUUUGAUAUAAUUAAAUUUAAAUAUCAAUCUAUUUUAAAAAAAUAAACAUCCACAUGUGACUAGUGGCUACCAUACUAGACGCUACAAUUCUGGACCUUUCUCCUGGCCAGAGUCCUCUAUACCAGUUGUUCUUAAAGUGUAUCCCAGGACAAAGAGCAUCAGCGUCACCUGGGAACAUGACAGAUAUGCAGUAUUUUAGGCCCCACCCAGACCUAUGAAUGAGAAAGUCUGUGGUGUUUGCCCACAGAAUUUGUUAAGAAAUUGCCCAGCAAUCUCCAGCUUAUUCCAGCAUACUCAAGUUUGAAAGCCAAUUCUAGUCCUUCAAGGUUCCUCCUAAAAGCAGUGCUCACACAUGGUCUGAUGUGCACAGACUUAACCUGAAGAAAAUUUCUAUAGCUUAAGAAAGAAAGUUGAAAACUAUCAUUUAGCUAAUGUAUUGACUGUAUAUUUAUAAAAUGAAUAAAAUGUGCUUAUGAAGAAUUUUUAAAAAAUAAAGUGCCAGCCGAGGUUUAAAAAAGGAGUUCACAGGAACUUGUCCCUAAAUUCCAGUCUUUUUUUUUUUUGAACUUUAGAUGAAGGUUUACAGAGCAAAUGUUUCUCUUUAAACAAUUAAUACACAUAUUGUUUUGUGACAUUGGUUGCCAACCCCACAACAUGUCAACACUCUCCCCUUCUCAAACACACAGCCUUUGAGUGCUGGGAUUAAGAACCGUGGGCUUUUGACUCUCAGCCUGGUAUGCAUCCCAGCUAUCAGGCUGUUUCAGGAUAUAGAACUUACAGUUUGGUUCAAUGUCUCCCAGAAGAGAAAAAUCUGGUUCCUUGGCAUAUAUUUCACUCUACCCACUUUGAGGGGCGAUCCCCCCCUUUUUUAAUACCACUUCCUCGUUGUUAGAGUGCCUCUGUAGCUACACCCUAUGCCCUGGAAACAUCUCCCCUUUUUAGGGUUUAACAGAUUCCACCUAUAUGGUUCUCUCUUUUUUUGUUUAAUUUUUUUAGUCCUCUUAUGCUUGAAACCUAGAAGAGGAGUUGGCUUGUUCUGUUGCUGGCCUUGGGCCAGAUGUCAUAACUUCAGGCAGUGCCACGCUACACAUCUCUAGCAGUUUGAAAUGGAGAACGGAGUUAGAGAUAAGAUCAGCAGCUUUAGGUGAUGGCAUUGUUUCAAAUAAACCAUGCAUGACCCAAAGCUUCCACUUCAAAUGGGGAAUGAAAUUGCUUCAUCCUUUGACAGCUUGCUCCAUGAAAGAAAUUUAUCUUCACUUAAUUGCUUUAGAUCCCAAGAGGCUACAUAUAGUAAUUUCUAGGAGAGAAUUAUAUCAAAUAAAAAAAAUGUAUGUGAAUGUGAAUAUGCCAAUAGCAGCGGACAGGGAGGGAGAGAGGUGCGGGACGAAAGAUCGCACUGAACUUUCUGGUAGGUUUCUAUUCCCAUUCUUGGAGUCCCCUUGGGUCCAAGACCACUUACUCUCUCAAUCUGCUGACUGAGAUCCAGGGUCCCUGGUGGCUGCAGUCCUGCGCUGCUAGGGUUAAACCCUCUUGUCUGCUGUUCUUGUAGCUGGGUAGUGUUUUGCUUCAACUCUUCCCCUCAACUGGGAGGGGUCAGGCUGGCUGGCUGACUUCCGGCUGCGUGUCUUCAUCAAGUCCGGCUGGGCACAGUCUGUCUACACUGUGGGCCAGAACCACUGGGGGUUCCGGUCAGUGGCAGCUGAAAAUCAGCAAACUUGUUGAUUUUAAAACAUGACUAUUUGGAUGUUAAGGAUAAACUUCCUGUAGAUGGGGACAGGCUCCUUAAUCUAGGCAUGUUUGAAUUUCUAGUUUUCAUUUCCCUGGCCUUUAUAUUUUUUUUUAUAUUUGAAAUAGUCUAAAGUUUCCACUCUAUCGUUUUCACUAAACCCAUCCACUACUGCCUUUAUCCCACAUUUUUUCCCUUAUUUCUGAAAUUCCAAGUUGUGGGUUUUGUCUUUUUUUCCCCACCUACUACUAAAUAACUGUAUUUCCAUGUCGUAAUGUAACAACACCUAGGAAAACUGGAGGUAUUGUCCAAAGUAUGGACAGGAUUCUGUGUCUUCUUCCCGCACCCUUUUUGCCUGCAUCUACCUUUAAGACUGCUGAGAGCUGUACACACUGAACAUUAAAUCUCAAGUUCCUGGAGACUGCUCUCUAGUUGACAUCCCCAAAUGUCUAGUUUGGGGCUGCGAGUCUCAUGAGUGCUCAAUACAUACUUCCUAUGUGCGUAAGAGUCAGUAAGGCAUAGCUGAAUGACAUAGUUUAUGGCACUCCUGCCCUAAAGACAAGGGGAUCUGACUUGGAGGUCCAGGGAACUUUUGGAUUCUAUGUGAAGACCAGGGAAUACCUGAGCCAAUAUUAGGGGUGGGUGGGGUUGCCAAAAUCAAGGUGGCCUGACUCAAACAGAGAAUCAGCAGAGCCAAAGACUUCCGUUUCCCAUCAAGUUCUGUCCAGGCUGAGUCCCAUAGCACCUUCUGCUUCCAGGGGUCAUUCUCCAGGUACCCUUCGUCCCUUCAGUCUCACUUAAUCUGGGUCUGCCACACUCUCCAGGUCAGUCAGAGGGGAGAGUUGCCUUUUCUUUUAUAAAACUCCUCCCUAAGAAACCUGACAGCUAUAAUGAGUAAGCCAGUUUGCGUUUGAAAAAGGUUGUACUGGUAUGCCUCUGAGGGAGAUCUGCAGCAAGUACUGUCACAUCAUUUCUUGGAUGCACAUCAAGGAGUUUUUGAAGGAAUUACACUUUUCCUCACAUCUAAAACAUGAGCACCUGAGCAGCAGCCUGGAGGGGUCAUUGGGGUCAGGGUGUUUGUUUUAGCAUGUGUCUCUUGAGCUAGAAAAACAUCUGCCUGUAUUAUCACCACCUCUGGUACCCUGUUCUGCAAUUUCUGUUCUGUCCUGCCCCUCUGCAUGUCUGCUGGUGUGGUAGUAGAAGCCUAAGAGAAGCUAAACCAAAACCCAGAUUCAUUGCCAUCGAGUCCAUUUCAACUCGAAGUGACCCUGUAGGAGUGGCUGGUAGAUUUGAACUGCCAGCCUUUUGGUUAGUAGCCAAGCUCUUAACCACUGCACCACCAGGGCUCCUAAGAGAAGUUACCCAGUCCUAACUGCCCUGUAGAGUUUCCAGGGAGUACCUGGUAGAUUCAAACGGUCAACCUUUUGGUUAGCAGCCAAGCACGUAACCACUGCACCACUAGGUGCAGGCAAGUAGAGCAAGCCAGUAAUUUAUUGAAAUCACCUGUCUUUCUGGGAUUUAGUAUUUUUGAGACCUGUCCUUCAUUAGGAGUUAAAUCAUGUGCAAAACUGUUUUAACAAACCCUCCACCCCCUCAUCCUAAAGAUACUAGUUCCUUAAGUUGACAAAUUGCUUAUUUUGGCAGCUUUGUUUACUAUACUGAGAAGCUUUCUGUGGUUGUAACCUUGCUUCAGGCCAUAUCUUAGUGUGAUCUUCUCCCAAGAGAUGAACUUGCUUGUUUCUCCUCCUGUUUUAUUUAAUGAGAAGAAAAUACUAGACUGAUAUUGGAUACAUAAAGACUUAUUAAGAAGGAUAAUUGAACUGCUGAUGUCUUUAGACCAAAAAGAAAGAUCUGGCCUUUCAGGGAAUGAGUCAUAUUCGGUGCUUUUUUAUUUUUUUGUGUGUGUAUUCCAUGAAUCCAGAUAUUCUGAUGUGUUCAGUAAAGCCUUGCCCUAAGGAUGUCUGUCUGAUUCAGUAUGUGUAUUUUGAAUGUAUCUGUCUAUGCCCAUAGAGAGAGACAGUAAAAUUUCAAAUAGGGAAAUGGAUGAAGACUCCCCAGGGAUUUAGGGUCACAUCAGGAGUAGGAUAGGAGAAAGCAUUUUGGCAUAGAUGCUAAGAAAUGAGGUAGAUCAGAUAGGAUGACCUAUAGUUUACUUCCUUUUCUUAGAGCUGACUCCGUGGUUGCAUGGUCCAAUACACUAGCCACAUGUCUAUUUUGAUUAAAAUUAAAUAAAAUUUAAAAUUUGGUUCUUCAUUACACUAACCGUAGUUCAGGUGGUCAAUAGCCACAUGUGGCUAAUGGCUACCAUACUGUGAAGUGCAGCUAUAGAACAUUUCCAUCAUUGCUGAAAGUUCUUUUGAACAGCUCUUCUCUCUGAUAAAGUCAAGAAGUGCAACUUGAUUAUAAAGGUUGGGAGUAAUGAUAAGGCUAUGGAGAGGGAGACAUCAGGAUAUGAAUGGCAAAAGUCAUUUCUAAUUAGGAAUGAAUCAUGAUCAGAGGAAGUGAAUUCUGAAGAGUAGAAAGUUAUAAGAUUCCUAUCAAGAGAUAAUUUAGUAGUAUAUUUUUUAAGCAGGAUAUGAUCUCUCCAAAGUCAUCAAUUUUAAUUAUCUUCUAUAAGAAAUUCCUCUACUCUUAGAAGCAUAAUCUUUUUUCCUAGAUUCUCUCUCUAAUCCUUUUCUUAGUCCUUAUCUCUGUGCCGCCCAUCAUCAUCACCUUCUUUUCCAUUAUGAGUGUCUCUUGUUUUCAUUAAUAAAAAUGGCAUCAGCAUUUUACAAAGUGCUGUCAUGAUGUUAUUUCACUUGAUUGCUUCAGGGGCUCUCUGAGGCAUUAUCCACAUUUUAUAGGUGAGGAAGCUAAGAUCUAGAAAGAGAUUAAUUAUCUGAGAACCUAUAACUCAGAUAUAUCAGAAUUAGGUUCAGGUGAAUAUGAACCCCAGUUACAGAGGCCUAAACUUAUAAGGAUUUAUUCUCUCACAUCAGAGCCCAGAAAUUGGCAAUCCAAGAUUGACGUGAUGGCACCACCAAGUUGCCAACAUUCAGGCUUCUUCAGCUCACUACUACAACCUUCUAGGAUGUAGCCCCAUCCCAGGAUUACUACUAGAGUAUCAGCAGGCUACAUACUGGAGGAAGAGGACAGAAAGGCCCUCCCCACCCCCCACCUGCCAUAUUUAAAAGGACUUCUUCAGUGCUUUACAUAAAACUUCGGCUUAUAUCUCAUAAUCAUAUGUCCACCUUAGCUGGACAGAAGACUGGAAACAUAGUCAUCUAAACCAAAACCAAACCCUUUGCCUUCAAGUCAAUUCCGACUCGUAGCGACCUUAUAGGACAGAGUAGAACUGCCCCGUAGGGUUUCCAAGAAGCAUCUGCUAAAUUCAAACUGCCGACCUUUUGAUUAGCAGCCGAACGCUUAACCACUGUACCACCAGGGCUCCAUAUAGUCAUCUAGCCAGGCAGAAAUGUACUCAGCUAAAAAUCAGAGCUCUUUUGCUAAAGAAGAAGGGAGACUGGGUAUUGAGAGGUAGCUGGUAAUCUCUGCCUCAACAGGUAUUCGGUUUUUGGUCCAGUGCUUUCCCACUGUUGCCAGUUGUGUCUGUUUCAUUGGCUAAUGAUUUAGUCACCCAGGCCUCCAGAGUUUUUCCAAAGAAAUAUAAAUUCGUGAAUAAUUACAAUAAAAUCUACCAUUUAUUGAGAACUUGCUGUGUCCUAGGUGACCUCACAACAACCCUGUGCAGUAGGAAGCAUUAUUAGCCUCCAUUGUAUAAUUUGAGGAAACAGAACUGCAGAAUCACUUGCCAAAGGUUACACAAAAGGUAAAUGGUGGAGUCACAAUUUAAGCACAGGAAGUCUAGCUCCAUAGCCCACCCUCCAAACCACUGCUGCUCUACAGGGCCUUUUGGAAAGGUGAUAUAAUUGCCUAGAGGGCAGCUGUGGCCCUCAAUACUGCCCGCGGGAAAGAGCCUUUCGAGCCACCUCACUACAGGCAUGCCAUUCUCCUCAGGAUCAUGGCAUGAGCUGUGUUAAAAGCAAUGCUUUGAUGUGUUUUCUUUUUCUUCAUUCCCUGCCCCCUCUCUUCUGUCCCUCUCCCAGACUGGAGGCUGGGAAAAGAGAUUAAGUGGCAUGCUUUAGGUUUUUAGAAAGUUCAUAUCCUGGAACUCAUGUUGGAACUUGCAUGAGAAGAUUCUGCUGGGUAAUUAAUUCUGCUGGGUAAUUAGUUAGGUGUCUUUAGAGAAUCUAGAGGUUCAAAGUUUCUCUAUCUUGUUAAUAGAAAUUGUUCCCAAAUAUAAUUUUUUAUUUUCUCUUCACUCCUACUCCCCCUGCUCUAGUGUUCUAGCUGUGGCUGGUAAGAGCACCGCCCACUUGUCAUUCUGCGUCUCCCUCCCAUAGAUGCCUCACAGAGACCAGUGCUUGAACUUACAGUCCACGUGCAGCCUGGACUUCUCUGCGAGAGUCAAACAUCUCCUCUUCAGUUACUCUGGCAGGCUUGACUUUUGGUAUUCAGCAUUAGCUAUUUACUGAGCGCUUACAAUUUGCCAGGCACUAUUCGUGGUGCUCGUGAUUCUGUGGUGAAUGAGAUAGACCCAGUUUCUUACCUCAGGGGCCUUUUAUGUUCUAGAUGAGGGGAGAUAGACAGUAAACAAGUAAAGAAAUAAAUACGCAAAAUAAAUUCACCUUGUUUUAAAUACCAUGAAGGAAAUAAAACAGGUCAUUUUGAUAAGAGACUAACUGUGGGAGUUGAUUUCAUCCAUCACAUAACCUUGUUUCCACACCUACUACUUUGAGCUGCAGUUUUACCACCCUUAAAGUAGGAAGGAAUGAGAGUGAGUGACCAUCAUAAAUGGAGGCUGUACCACCCACCCUUGCACAAAUGGAACUCUCUUGGUAGAUGAUCCUAAUCUCUACCCAAUUGUUCGGGAUUUUCUUAAGAAAUGAUUCUUGUAUAAAGACUAGUUAAUAAACACCUGGAUAUGUUCCACCCAGCUUUAAAAGAAAUAAUACAUUAUAGAUACAGUUGAAGCCCCUUGUGUACCCUUGCUGGUUGCCUUUUCCCUUUCUCUUUCACUAAAGGUAAUUACUGUCCUGAAUUUAUAUAUUUAUGCAUCCUUUUAUUCUUUACUACACGUGCAUAUAUCUAUAGAUAAUAUAGUAUUGUUUUACAUUUUUAGACUUUUUAUAGAUGGCGUUCUGGGAGUACCAUCUGCUUUGCUUUUCUUAUCCAACAUUAUGUUUUUUAGAUUUAUCCAUGUUGGUGCAUGUAGUUGUGUCUCUUUAAUUUCAGUUGCUGUCAAACAGCCCAUUGUAUGAAUCAUGCCACAAUUUACUGACCUAGUCUCCUUUUUUUAUGUUAAUGUAUUUUUUUUUUUAACUUACUGUGCUUUAGGUGAAAGUUUACAAACCAAAUCAAUCUCUCAUACAAAAAGUUAUACACACCUUGCUGUGUACCCCUAGCUGGUCUCCUCUUAAUGAGACAGCACAUUCCUCCUCUCCACCCUGUAUUCCCCGUGUCCAUUCAACCAGCUCCUGUCCCCCUCUUCCUUCUCAUCUCGCCACCAGGCAGGAGUUGCCCACGUAUUCUCAAGUGUCUAUGUGAGCCACGAAGCUUACUCCUCACCAGCAUCAUUGUCUCUCUUAUACUUCAGGCCAAUCCCUGUCUGUAGAGUUGGCUUUGGGAAUGGUUCCAAUCUUGGCCUAUCAAAGGGUCCGGGGACCAUGACCGUCAGAGUCCCUCCGGUCUCAUUCAGACCAUUAAGCCUGGUUUUUUUACGAGAAUUUGAGAUCUUCAUGCCACUGUUCUCCUGCUCCGUCAGGGGUUCUCUGUUGUGUUCCCUGUCAGAGCAGUCAUUGGUGGUAGCGGGGCACCAUCUGGCUCUUCCAUUCUCAGGCUGACGGAGUCUCUGGUUUAUGUGGCCUUUUCUGUCUCUUGGGCUCAUCUUUACCAUAUGUCUUUGGUGUUCUUCAUUCUCCCUUGCUCCAGGUGGGUUGAGACCAGUUUAUGCAUCUUAGAUGGCCACUUGCUAGCGUUUAAAACCCCAGACACCUGUCACCAAAGUGGGAUGCAGUAUGUUUUCUUAAUGUGUUUUGUUAUGCCAACUGACCUAGAUGUCCCCUGAAACCAUGGUCCCCAGAUACCUGUCCCUGCUAUUCUGGUCUUCAAAGCGUGUGGUUGUAGUCGGGAAACUUCUUUGCUUCUGGUUUAGUCCAGUUGUACUGACUAUCCCUGUGUUGUGUGUUGCCCUUCCCAUCACCUAAAAAAAUUUUAAAAAAAAAAAAAAAAAAUUUUUUUUUUUUUAACCUAGUUAGCGACUAUCCCUCUACCUCCCUUCCUCACCCUCGUAAUCAUCAAAGAAUGUUUUCUUCUGUGUUUAAACUGUUUCAUGAGUUCUUAUAAUAGUGGUCUCAUACAAUAUUUGUCCUUUUGCAAUUGACUAAUUUCACUCAGCAUAAUGCCUACUAGAUUCCUCCAUAUUAUGAAAUGUUUCACAGAUUCAUCGUUGUUCUUAAUCAUUGCGUAGCAUUCCACUAUGUGAAUAUACUAUAGUUUAUCCAUUCAUCCAUUGAUGGGCACCUUGGUUGCUUCCAUCUUUUUGCUGUUGUAAACCAUGCUGCAGUGAAAAUGGAUGUGCAUAAUACCUGUUCAUGUGAAGGCUGUUAUUUCUUUAGGGUAUAUUCCAAGGAGUGGAAUUGCUGGGUCGUAUGGUAGUUCUGGAAACUCUGGUGGCAAAGUGGUUAAGUGCUGUAGCUGCUAACCAAAAGGUCAGCAGUUCAAAUCCACCAGGCGCUCCUUGGAAACUCUGUGGGGCGGUUCUACUCUAUCCUGUAGGGUCACUAGGAGUCAGAAUCGACUUGACGGCAAUGGGUUUUUUGUUUUUUUUUUUUAGUGGUAGUUCUAGUUCUAGCUUUUUAAGGAAGCACCAAAUCAAUUUCCAAAGUGGCUGUACCAUUUUGCAUCCCCACCAGCAGUGUAUAAGUGUUCCAGUCUCUCCACAACCUAACAUUUAUUAUUUUGUGUUUUUUAGAUUAAUGCCAGACUUGCUGGGGUGAGAUGGAAUCUCAUUGUAGUUUUGAUUUGCAUUUCUCUCAUGGCUAAUGAUUGUGAGCAUUUCCUCAUGUAUCUGUUAGCAGCCUGAAUGUCUUUUUUGGUAAAGUGCCUGUUCAUAUCCUUUGCCCAUUUUUUAAUUGGGUUAUUUGUCUUUUUUGUUGUUGAGCUUCUGGAGUAUCAUGUAGAUCUUAGAGAUAAGAUGCUGAUUGGAAAUGUCAUAGCUAAGAACUUUUUCCCGGUCUGUAGGUAAUCCUUUUAUUUUGGUGAAGUCUUUGGAUGAGCAUAGCUGUUUGACUUUUAGGAGCUCCCAGUUACCUAAUUUCUCUUCCAGUGUUUGUACUCUAGUCUCUUAUUGAUGCACAAUUUUUUGCCACUUCGUGUUUGUCUACCAACAGUACUGCAGUCUCUUUGUACGGAGGUGUGAGUUUCUCUAAGAAGCAUACCUAGAAGCAGAAUUGCCAGGUUAUAAGGAUACUUACCAUCAGCUUUACUAGCUAUUGCCAAAUUGCUUCCCAAAGUGUUCAUACCAGCUUAUACGACUUGUAAAAGUAUAUGAGUGUUCCAACGUUUCCAUGUCAAUAUUAGGCAUUUCCAAACUUUUUAGUUGCCUAUUUGAUGUUUAAAUCAUAUCUUGUUUUAUUUUGCAUUUUCCUUAUUACCAGAGAAGCUAAACAUUUCUUCCCUGUGUUCAUUAGCCGCUUGAGUUUCCUCUUCUGUGAAUCCCAUGUUCGUAUUCUUUGUCCAUUUACUUCUUUAUUUCUUCUGAUUGUUUUUUCUUACUGAUUUGUAAAUCUGGAUAUGAAUCCUUUGUCAGCUAUAUGUAUUACAGAUCUCCCAAUAUGUAUCUUAUCUUUUAAAUACAUUUUAAUGUUUUCAUUUAUAUAGGUUUUUCUGACAAAUAUAUCAAUCUUUUCUUUAUAGUUUGUAUCUUAUUUAAGAAUUUUUUCUUAGAUGUAACAGAAUUGGCAUGUAUUGAUAAUUAUUGAAGCUGGAUGAACAUAUUUUUGUGUGUUUGAAAUUUUCCAUAAUAACGUUUUUUAAUUAAAACGUAACUGCUGAAAUGCCGUAUCGUAGCAAAAAUCAAUUGCUCUAAUAGUAAUCCAAAGUUUCUACAUAACCUAGUGGAAUAAAAGGGUUACUUUGAUCUCUGUUAAGACUUUUCAUUUGAUUUUUUGUUUGUUGU